UGUGAGCCACGACAAUGUCCUAUAAGGUAUAGGAAGUGAACACUAUUAGAGAGCUCAAAUGGUUGAGGGCAGAGUUUAAUCUCGUUUGGUUUUUGUUAGCGAAUUUGUGUCUUGAGCCUUGUAGACAGUGUUUAGACAAUGCUUUUGCUUCCAUGAUUAUGGGAUCAAGACAUUCAACAAAACAUUCUUAUCUCAUUCAAAACAAGAGAUACAUUCUUUAAUUGACCAGAGCAACGAUCCAAUAGAAAAAGCAAGAAAAGUGUUUAAGUGGGUGUUAUUGAUACAUGCAGUGAAAUCGAACGGUGAAAAAGAAAAGUUGGAGAAAGCUGAAGACUGAAGUACAAGUCUGCAGGCUUUAAAAAAUAAAAACCUUUAAAUGUCCCUCCCAUACUACAUUUACAAAAGGAUUUUGUCCCAUUUUCCAUUUUAGAUGAAGAUACUAGAAGAUAUGAAGCUACUAUAAAAAAAAACCUUUUGACUUUUUUCCAAUAAUAAUAAACUAUAAACGACAAGUCUCCUGUUUCUUUUUCAAUCAUUCACACAAGAAACUCAUCUCUUGUUUCUUUCUCUUUCUGGCAACAUCAAUGACAAUAGUCGUUGUUGAGGUCACCCGAGUCAUCCCCGCCGCUGACUCGGUCCCAAACUCGCCCAACUCGCUCAAAUUUCCGUUGACUUUCUUCGAUCUACCAUGGCUACGAUUCAACCCAGUCAAACGAGUCUUCUUCUACAGUCUCGCCGAGUCAACUCGUGAGAAUUUCCACUCCUUCAUCCUCCCCAAGCUCAAACUCUCCCUUUCCCUCGUCCUCGCCAGCUACCUCCCUCUCUCCGGCCGCAUCACCUGGGACCCAAACGACCCCGCACCGAGCAUCGUCGUCUCUUCAAACGACGCCGUGUCGUUGACCGUCGCCGAGAGCGAAGCUGAUUUUUCCUUUCUUUCCGGCUAUGGUCAACGUCCAGUGACCGAGUUACACACCUUGGUGCCCGAGUUAACCUUUUCUGAUGACUCAGCAACGGUUUACUCUCUGCAGAUCACGUUGUUCCCUAACCACGGAUUCUCCAUCGGCUUCGCAGCACACCAUGCAGUUUUCGACGGAAAAACGGCAACCAUGUUCGUUAAAGCUUGGGCCCACUUGUGCAAACAACACUUAGAAAAAGAGAACAAAGUCAACUCUCUUCUUCCGGAGAAUCUAACUCCAUCUCUUGACCGGUCGUGGCUCAACGGUCUAACCGAAGUCAACGAGAAGAUGGUCGAGGUUGUUACAACUAUGAAAGGGAGAAGCCUAUGUCCGAUUCCCGCCAAGGAACUCGAAGACGACGUCGUUCUAUCCACGCUCGUGCUGUCUCGUGAUGACGUGGAGAGACUCCGGGAGAGAGUCAAAAGUCAAUAUCAGAAGCUCCACUUGUCUACUUUUGUCAUCGCGUACGCCUACGUGUGGACAUGCCUUGUGAAGGCGCGUGGAGGAGACAUGGAGAGAUACGUGACGUUCUUGUUUAUGGGAGACUUCAGAGAGCGGUUGGACCCACCGCUUCCGGCGACCUACUUUGGGAACUGCGUGUUUCCGGCGGGUAGCUACAAACGCAAGGCGGCGGAAUUUGGGGAGGAGAGAGGGUUUUUGACGGCGGUGGAGAUCCUCUGUGAACUGGUGAAAGGCUUGAGUUCACGGAAGAUAGAAACGAUUGUGGAGGAGUUUAGGGCUAUAUUCAGUUGCAAGGGCGAGAGCUCACAGUUCGGGACGGUAGCUGGAUCGACCCGGUUGGGAGUAUACGAGUCGGAUUUCGGGUGGGGAAGACCGGUUAAGAGUGAUGUUAUCUCUAUCGAAGGAGAGAAAAUCUCAAUGGGAGAGAGACGUGACGGAUCAGGUGGCGUCGAGAUUGGAGUGUGUCUGAAGAAGUCUGAAAUGGACAAGGUCAUUGCUCUGUUCAACAAUGGUUUACAAAACUAAACGCCUUUCUUUGUUCCUACAAAGUUUCAAUAAGGCAAGAUCAUUGAGUUGUGAGCUUUUGGUCUCCAAGCUUUCAAUAAGGCAAGAUUACCUUCUGUAUCGGUUUGGUCUCCAAGUAUUCUCGUCUCUUCGGAUUUGAUCUUCACAUACUCUCGUCGAAGCUUGUCUUCGUACCUGGAAUAUAUCAAAAACUCGUGUGAUCUCUCUAUGCAUACCAAAAACUUCACCUAAUGUAGUAUUGAUAACAAAAAAAAACUAAGAAGGUAUAUAGUUAAAUCCCUUACCAAAGCUUCUCUGCAAGGUUGUUCCUAAUUAACAAAAACAAUAGCGUUAAAUCUUAUGUUAUAACAUAAAUAUAUUAGCGAAGCAAAUCUUUACUUGGGUCGGAAAGGGUAUGGAACAGCUAUCUCAGCCUUGUACAGAAAAUACUUAGGAAAGAGUAGUUUCUUGUAUUGUAGCGCCUGCAAUAAAAAGAUUUUAAUCCGCAAUCUUACUUUCAUAAGUAUAAAAACUCUU